CACCAAUCUUUUGGCCAGGAAAGAACUAAUUCAUAAUGUCAGUCCUGUUUUUCCUCCUCUUCCUCCCAAUCCUUUUCUUCCUUCUUCUCAAGAACAAGGAAAAAUCAUUGAAAGGUUUCAAUCUCCCUCCAAGUCCCCCAAAACUCCCCAUUAUAGGCAACUUGCAUCAACUGGGGCAUCUGCCUCACCAAUCACUCCAAAAACUGUCCCAAAAACAUGGCCCUGUCAUGCUACUACAACUAGGUAGCAGACCUACUCUUGUAGUCUCCUCAGCCGAAGCAGCAAAAGAUCUCCUGAAAACUCAUGACUUGGAUUGUUGUAACCGGCCACCUUCUCCUGCAGUAAAGAAACUCUCCUACAACUAUCCAAACAUAUCAUUUGCCCCAAACGGACAUUACUGGAAGGAAAUGCGGGCCAUCUUUAUUUCUGAGCUUGUGAGCAUAAGAGUAAAAUCUUUUGCAUAUGCAAGGGAGGCUCAGAUUGAUAAAUUGAUUUCCACUGUGUCUCAAGAUCCCGCAAUGCCAGUCAGUCUAGACCAGAAUAUGUUUUCUCUGGCAGUUGGAAUCAUCGGCACUGUUGCCUUCGGAAACAUGUAUGGAACAAACCUAUUCAAGAGUGAAGAAAUUCAAACUGUGAUUACUGAUGUCAUGAACAUGGUGUCCGACUUAUCUGUGGAGGACUUAUUCCCUUCAGUAGUAGGGCGGUUUGUAGAUGCUUUGAUAGGGGUCAUUGCUAGGCGUGAGAAGAGUUUUCAAAAGCUCGACCAAUUCUUCGAAUUAGUGCUUGAGAAGCAUCUUGAUCCUGCCAGGCCUAAACCCGAAAUGGAGCAUGUCUAUAAAUUCAUGACUGCCUAUAUCUGUCUAGGUACCAACCUUCAUCUUUUCUUUUUAAUCAUUUCCGGACGCAUUUCUUGGCGGGAUCAACAGUACUGUUUAUGGGCAAUAUUAUGGGCAAUGUCAGAGUUGAUCAAGAAUCCAAGAGUCAUGAAGAAGGUCCAAUCCGAAAUAAGAAGUUGCAUCGGAAAGAAAUCAAAGUUGGAUGAUGAUGAUGUUGCAAAGCUCAAGUACCUAAAAAUGGUGGUUAAAGAAACCUUUAGGCUACAUUCAGCAUUUCCCCUGUUAGGCUGUUACUUCCUUAUGAGACAAGUGGCCAAUGUAAAAUUGGUGGAUACGAUGUCUUCCCUGGUACAAGAGUUUUUGUUAAUGCAUUUGCCAUUGGCAGAGAUCCAAAUUCUUGGAGAAACCCAGAUGAAUUUUGUCCGGAGAGAUUCGAAGACAGUGAUACUAACGGCAAACAAUCGGGUUUUGACCUGCUGCAAUUUGGAGCAUGGCGACGAGGGUGCCCUGCAGGCUAUGCCUUGGGAGCCAAAAAUGUCUAGUUUGCUCUCGCCAACCUUCUCUCCUGCUUUGAUUGGAAGCUACCUGGGGAAAUGACGAAGGAUGAUUUUAGCAUGGAAGAAGGUGGAAGGCUGAUUAUUCAUAGGAAAACCCCGUUUGUUCUUGGGCAGGUAAUGAGUAAGUGCCCAUGAGAAAAUGUUGCUUUCCCCUGUUCGCUACUCAGGGGAAAGGUGGAAUCAUGUAUUCCAUUUCUCAAAAUAAUUGUUUCUUUAUUUUUAUUAUAAAUUAAGGAUUUAAGA